AUGUCCUAUCCUCCUCCACCAGGUAUUAAAUCUACUCCUUCGCCACAUCCCUCCUUGCCCGCCCGACCACCUCCAUCCACAAAUCCACAAGCCGGGUUUAAACCUGCCUUUAGCAAUAACAAUAAUGGCCCAUCGAGACCUCCUGCAUCGGGAGGAUAUGGCGGCUUUAAUGGUUUUGCUCCCAGAUCAGUAGCUGCUCCGGUACAACCAAGUUAUCAAGGCUUUCAACAACCUCCCACUGCUUAUCAACAACCCCAACCAUACAAUCCAUAUUCUGCCGCACCGCAACAAGAAGCUGCAUAUGGAGCGGCACCACAAAUUCGAAAUCCCUUUGCGCCACCGACAGCAUCUGCAGCACGUGGUAUGGGUGGAUUUGAUGAAGAUCCAGAGAUGGCAGCACAGAUAGCACAAUGGCAAAGCGCAUACGCCGGAAAGGAUGCAAAUGCUACUUCUGCCUCUAAUAAUGGUUAUACUGGAGCUGUUCGAAAGUAUCCCACAACUGGAGAAGUAUCAACAUCAGCAUCGAAUGCGAAUGCGACACCAUUAGGUAGAACCGAGACUGGACCUAGUAUGACUUCACAAGCAAUCACGAACGCGGCGCAUAAUGAUACAGGUGUCGCAGCAAUUGUGUCGGAUUCUAAGACCAAUCAAAAGACAGUUGUACGAACAGGUGGUGGUUCACAAUGGACAGAUUCUUCCCUUCUUGAAUGGGAUCCUUCUCAUUUUCGCCUUUUCGUUGGUAAUCUUGCGGGUGAAGUUACUGAUGAAUCUUUACACAAGGCAUUUUCUCGUUGGACAUCAUUACAAAAAGCACGAGUUAUUCGGGAUAAACGUACUACGAAAAGUAAAGGAUAUGGAUUUGUUAGUUUUAGUGAUGGAGAUGAUUUCUUUCAAGCUGCUAGGGAUAUGCAAGGAAAAUAUAUCGGUAGUCAUCCUGUUCUUUUAAGAAGAAGUACUACUGAGAUCAAGGCUGUUACACCCAAGGACACCAAACAUGGAAAGAAUAACAAGAACAAGGGUAAAGGUGGUAAUAGGAAUGAUGGAGGACAAGGUAAUAAAGAUAGGACUGGAGCUGGCAUUCAAAAGGCAGGAAGCAAAACCAAGGGUGGCUUGAAGGUUUUAGGAUAA